AUGCGUCAAUCUCGCCAAGAAUUUUCUCGACAAAAACUCGAAGUCUACGGCACAGCUCCUUUGCCCCGUUUCGGCCAUACAAUGACUCCAGUCAGCAAGACAAAAAUCAUACUCUUUGGUGGGGCCACUGGUGACACAGGCAAAUACUCAAUUACAGGGGACACUUACUGCUUUGAUAUUGUAUCGAACACUUGGUCAAGGCUUGACAGGGUCUCUGGAAUUUCUCCGUCUCCCCGUGCAGCUCAUUCUGCAAGCUCAGUCGAAGCAUAUCAGAUGGUUAUCUACGGAGGUGCCACAGGAGGUGGCUCCUUAGCUUCAGAUGACCUUUAUCUUCUAGACAUGAGAUCUGGAGAAGAUCAAGCUUCAUGGAUGAUCGUCCCAGUGGUAGGCACAACCCCAGGCAGACGCUACGGGCACACUUUGGUGUUCCAAAAACCUAAUUUGCUCGUCUUUGCAGGAAACACCGGGAAUGAGACUGUUAACGAUGUGUGAAGCCUAAACGUCGAAAAAGCGCCUUUUACAUGGAUAAAGCUAAAUAUUCAAGGAGAAACCCCAAAAGUAAGAGUUUAUCACUCAGCUUGCUUGUGUUUGACAGGGUCAGCUACAGGAAUGAUGGUAAUUUAUGGAGGAAGAUGCAAUGAUCAAGCUGCAUUGAAUGAUACAUGGGGUUUGAGAAGACAUAGAGAUGGUAGGUGGGACUGGGUAAGAGCUCCAUAUAAGCCGAAUGGAGAGCAGCCAGUGCCUCGAUAUCAGCAUGCGUCCCUCUUUAUUGGAUCUACCAUGAUGGUGCUUGGAGGCAGGACAAAUCAGGUAGGUGAAGUAGUUCCACUUGAAGCCUAUGACACAGAAAAUAGCGAAUGGUUCAAAUUCAACUCAAUCCAAAGAUUUCGACAUGCCUGCUGGAGCUUAGAUUCCGACGUGUACGUUCAUGGUGGGUUUGAGCACGAAACACCUAAUAUCCCAACCGAUACCAUUUUCAAAAUUGAUACUAUAAGGCUUUUUGGAAAAAAUGAGCAGCUUAUUCCUCGUACUUCAGACCCCACCCCAAAAGCCCAAAUAACUAACCUAGACCAGCAGCGUCCUAUUAAUAGAGUCCCAAGGAACAACAACAAAACCCCAGAAAUCCGUCUUGCAAGCCAAGUCCUUGUAUACAUGAACGAACAAAGUGACGAACCAUCUUCUCAGAUUAAACGUGUCCCUCUAGAAAGGCUUCAAGAAGAAGGCAAAAGAAUCGGCGUCAAAGCACUUCCUCCAGGGAUUUCUAAAAGUACUCAAGAAAUUGAAAGCAACAAUGAGCAGAUCUUAGACCAAUUAUUCAAAUCCCGAGAAUGGAGCAGCAUCACAGAAACUCGCUUUGCUUUGAGAAAAGAAAUUGUCUUGAGCCUAAUCCAAGACUGUGAAAACAUUCUAAAAAAUGAGCCAAAUGUGAUCAGAAUUAGAGCACCUGUAAAAAUAUUCGGAAAUCUGCAUGGACAAUACAUCGACCUUUUAAGGUUUUUUGAGAUGUGGGGCGAACCAAGUGAUAAAAAUAAUGAAGGAGAUAUCGAAAGCUUUGACUACAUAUUUUUAGGUGACUAUGUAGACAGAGGCAAUCGAUCCUUAGAAACCAUCUGUUUAUUGAUGUCCUUAAAACUCAAGCAUCCAGACCAAAUUUUCUUGUUAAGAGGACAUCAUGAAGAUAUUAGCGUAAACUCGCUUUAUGGGUUUGCUGACGAGUGUCGCCAGCGCUUAAAUGAAGAUACCAAUGACCCGAACUCAGUUUACCAAAAAAUCAAUAAAAUGUUUACAUUUUUACCUCUCGCAUGUGUAAUUGAGGACCGAAUCUUGUGUGUUCAUGGCGGAGUUGGCCAUGGAAUUCGCUCUUUGGACGAGCUUGAUGCAAUUCCUAACUCCCCUCCCUCCUUGAGAGACAAAAAAAUCUUGUUCGCUCACGGAGGGAGGUUAAUUGUUUUUUUUUUAAAAAAUCCCACUUCUCGAAAAUUGGAAGGCGCAUAUUAAUUUAAUUUAUAAAAUUUAUGUUUUACAAUGCAAUUUGUUUAAAAUUAAACAGAAUUAGCUCGAGAUUUCAUGAUACUAGUUAUGCACUAUCUAAAAGUGCAUAUCACUUAUAUAUCUAAAUUUUUUCCCAUAAAAAAUUUUUGUUUGCUCACGGAGGGUGUGUUUUCGUGCAAAAAAUAGGGAUUUUUCUAAUGAUUUUUUUCGCUCACGGAGGGGGGAGUAAGCCAAUCGAAGUAGCUCAGAACGCAACUUUACAAGACCAGCAAAUUUUGAUGGAUGUUUUGUGGUCAGACCCAUGUGAAAAAGAAAAUGAAAUGGGUUUCAAGGCUAACACUGCAAGAGACUCAACAGGUAGCAGAAAUAUUGUGAAAUUUGGAGCUGAUAGACUACAGAGAUUUUUAACUGAUAAUAGGCUAUCAAUGGUAAUCAGAUCCCAUGAGUGUGUUAUGGAAGGAUAUGAUAGAAAUUCUCAAGGUGAUUUAAUAACUGUUUUUUCUGCAACUGAUUAUUGUGGAAAAUAUAAAAAUGCAGCUGCGAUUUUAGUGGUGAAGAGGAGUAUGGAAAUUGUUCCAAGAUUAAUAUAUCCACUGAAUAACUCCAAUGAAAGCUGGAUAGAUAAUGAAGAAAGUUUAAGAAGAAGGCCAGCAACUCCUCCAAGGUGGAAAUCAAGCAAGCUUAAAUAA